GUGGAUAUUUACCUGCUGGUGGUGUAUUCAGGUGGAUAUUUACCUGCUGGUGGUGUAUUCAGGUGGAUAUUUACCUGCUGGUGGUGUAUUCAGGUGGCUCUUACCUGUUGAACCUUACCCCAAGAGAGAAGUCACUCCAUUCGGUACUCUGAUCCACACUCUUUCUAUCACAUUGGACUUUUGUGCACAAUAUACUAGUACAUUUGUCAGAGACAGUGAAUCAGACCUGAACCCCCAGAGAGCAAGCAGAGACGACAGAAGCAAGGGAUAGGUUGAGACUCCAAAGGGAUUGGUAGAAACCUUGAGAGGAACCAGACUGCAGCGACCAACUGGACCAAUGGUCUCUAUAUGUUUGGAAAUGCCGCUGUGGAGACGGACAAAGUCUGGCGAUGACGAGUGUAACCGCGCUGUCCUGGUCGCAGUGUCGAACUUUGACCACGGUGUACCACUGUGCAGGAGGCCAGGGGCAGAGAAAGACGCCAAAAGACUCCACCGUACCCUGACCAGACUGGGAUACAGAGUGGACAUACACACUGACCUCACCUCUCGUGAGAUGUACACACUCUUCAAGACAGAGAGCGAGCGGCCGGUGAAGGAGUGUUUCCUGGCAGUGCUGUCGUCUCACGGGGAGGAGGGCUGUGUGUUCGGGGCAGACGGAAGGCCGGUUAGACUGUCCCACAUCUUCUCCUGCUUCAACAACUCACACAUGGAGGGAAAGACCAAACUGUUCUUUAUCCAGGCGUGUCGUGGGGGUGAGCUGGAUGAUGGGGUGACAGUGGAGACGGAUUCAGCAGGAAGUGAUGUCAUUGAGGACACUCUGUCUCAGUACCUGUCCAUCCCCAUGGAUACAGCGGUGAUGUACGCCACCACGCCAGGUUACGGGGCCUUCAUGCACCCUCUGGGGGCUGUCUUCCUCCAGACACUCUGCAUCCUAUUGGAGGAGGAAGGGGGCAGAGCCUUGGAGCUGACACGCCUACUGACACGCCUCUCCCACCGUGUAGCCUUUGGCUUCCAGGCCAAAGGUCGUCUGCUGGGAGGGAAGAAGGAAAUGCCUUGCUUCGUAUCGCGACUGACCAGAGAGGUGUUCCCAUUCGCCGAGCCCGAGAAGGAGGGCGGGGCCAAUGGGCUUUCUGCAACGACAUUGGCCAACACAGAGUACAACAGACCUCGCAAACCAUCUAUAAGCUAAACCCGAAGUCUUUGUGAGAACUAAAGACACUUGUCGCUCACAGAUUGACAGGGUAGACUUGCUCUAUCAGCUACAUUAGUACGGAUGACUUUCAAUGUGUUGUUAGCCAGAGGGUUGUGAGUUUGUGCGAAGUUUGGGACAGAAUUUCCACUCUGUUACUUGUGUACAUGUUCGUGUGCAUAAUAGAAACAGAACAUUGUAAAGAUCAGAUAUGUGGAUAAAGGAAAAGAUCUGGAGGUGUUGGUGGUUUCACCACAGAGUAGAUUAUUAUGGCGUCUUCCUUUAAAGACAACUGAUGCAUCUUAAAAUAUUAUAGAUAAUGAACGGUAUACUAUGUUAUUUGAGUCUAUUUCUUUAAUUCAAAUGGCAACCUAAGGCUAAGCUUCUGCUUCUAUGCUUUUCUUUGAAACCAUUCAAUUACAUUUACAUUUAAGUCAUUUGGCAGACGCUCUUAUCCAGAGUGACUUACAAAUUGGUGAAUUCACCUUAUGACAUCCAUUAAAUGUAAGUUGAACACACAUGCUCAAUGUUGAGUGUGUUAAAAACGACUUUGUGUGUGACAAUAUAUUUUUUUCAUUAAUUGAUUUGAUAAAUCUAAUGUUCAAGGUGUUUUUAGUAUUUUAACUGAGACAAGACUGUAUUCCUAAGUUGUAGCGCUCUGACUGGUACAGUGAGACGGAGAGUAAGUUGAAGAAGACAGCUUUACGCCAGACCAGUGCACCAGCAGGCUCAGAUUUGUGUACCUCUGCUGUAGGAGGAACACCAGUCCAGGUAGACUAAAAGAUUAAAGUCACACUACAGUCUCCUUCUCACCUCAUUUACUUAAAAGGAACAUCUCAAUAAGUGGCCCAGGUAUCCUCAUGACAUGGCACACAUUGAGUGGCUGCUGCCAACACACUGACACUGACUCAACUCCAGCCACUUUAAUAAUGGGAAUUGAUGGGAAAUGAUGUAAAUAUAUCACUAGCCACUUUAAACAAUGCUACCUUAUAUAAUGUUACUUACCCUACAUUAUUCAUCUCAUAUGCAUACGUAUAUACUGU